AGUCGAUGGGGUCCCCCAGCGCUUUCCUUUGGCUUCUUGUGCUCGGACAUCAGAGUAGGUAUAUGGAUGCACUGAGUAAAAACCGUAGCUGUGUCUCCUACCGAUCCAGUGCUCUGAUUGAGGGACUGGAGCAUCUCCAGGGCUUAAUCUUGGAAGAUGGCCGUAAUGGCACAAUCCAGUGUCCUCACAACCAGUGCUGUUUUGGCAUCUGGAACCUGAGCCAAGGACUACUUCAAGCCAAGAUGCAAGGUUGUUGGAUCAGUGAAAAGGAAGCCUGUGAUUCUCUGGUUUGUGAGUUUCGCUCUUCAGCUGCCAUCAACUUAUCCUGUAGGUGCCGCUCUGAUCUGUGUAAUGCUAACAUCAGCUAUGCUGAGCCUGGAAAGAGACAGGCUGAGUCCUUGCCGAGUCCCAGCAGGAUCAUCUGGAUCACUGCAACCUGCCUACUGAUCCUUCUGUGUUGCCUGGCAUUUCUAGCUCUAAGGCAUUGGAAAGCUCGUGCAGUGCUACUAGGACCAAAAGAAACUGGAGAACUCAACAAGGUAACUACAGGCUCAGAACUAAGAGAUGAGAAAAAGCUGCCCAGGCAAGAACUUCCAAACCUCCAAUUCCUUCAGCUUCUCCAUGAUGGGCAGUUUUCCAAGCUGUGGCAAGGAACAUUCUGCCAGCAGCCUGUGGCCAUCAAGGCUUUUUCCCCUUUGUGCCACCAACAAUUUGCAUCUGAGUGGGCCAUGCACAACCUCCCAUUGAUGAACCAUGAAAAUGUGGUACAACUUGUGGCUGCUGAAUAUGGGGGACCAAGUGAAGAAUGGUGUGGCCUCCUGGUACUGACACUGUACCCAUUGGGAUCCCUGCGGAACUUCCUCAGCCAGCAUGUUUGUUCCUGGGAGGUCAGCAUCCGGCUUGGAUCAUCCCUUGCCAGAGGCCUUGCUUUCUUACAUGAGGAGCAAUGGAAAGAAGGCCUAUAUAAACCUGGGGUGGCACAUCGUGACCUGAGCAGCCAGAAUGUGCUGGUGCGGGAAGACAGGACCUGUGUCAUAACUGAUUUUGGCCUUGCCAUGGCACUCCCUCUGCAAUAUGAGCAGUUCAGAAAAGGUCCCGCAGAAGGCAUUGUCCACAAGGCAGGAGCUCCACGUUACAUAGCUCCUGAAAUUCUGGAUGAGAACCUGAAUCUGCAAGACUUGGGCUCUGCACUGAGGCAAGCUGAUGUCUACUCCCUGGCACUGGUACUGUGGGAGACCCUGAUGAGAUGCUCUGCACUUUUCCCAGAGAACAGCAUUCCUGCAUUCCAGCUUGCCUAUGAAGCAGAAUUAGGAAGCAGCCCUACAUACAGUGACCUGCAUAGGCUGGCUGUUGAGGAAAGACGAAGACCAAUUGUCCCAUCAGCUUGGAGAAGAUUUGGGCAAGUAGCUAUUAUAUUGCAAGAACUCUUGGAAGACUGUUGGGACCCUGAACCAGAGGCUCGCCUGCAAGCUGAGAGUGCCCUGCAAAGGCUGCAAAGGCUGAGUGCUGAGGAUCUGAUGGAAGAGUACUGAGGUCAAAGCAUUUUAGGCUUUCCACUCAGAUUUGCUUGGAGAUCUUUCCUUAGAAGAGCUCUUAUUUUUGGCUGAGAACAGCAGGAAGCCUUUAAGAAAAGUCCAUCCAGGCCCAUCUUCUCAAUAGGACCCUACUGGAACAUUGUCAGUGUGGAAUGGAUGCAUUUUUUAUAAGUGCUAUCCACUAAAUCAACUUGAAUUGCAUUUGUUAAUUACUAUUAACUUGGGUCCCAUCCUGUACCAAUCUUUUGCCCUUGGAUUUUUCAUUGAUUCAGACCCUCCAUAUUGUACAAUAUAUUUCUGGAACCUUAAACACCCCUUCUUGGGAAUAACUCCCAGUGAACCCAAAUGGGACAUUUCUGAACAGAUACUGUAUGCAUAGUUUAUAGUACGAGUUGCCUAGAUGCAGAAAUUAGUUUGAGAUGAAGAAUUCGGAUUCCUAAGAAAGUCUCUUGGCUGGACUUACUGAGAAUUAUGGAGGUACAGCCUAACACAUCUAAAGGACAUAAGAUUGGAAAAUAUUGUUGUACUCUCUUCCGCUGGAAACAAUUCAUUCUUCUGCCUGCAUCCAUCUCAAUACCUUGAUACCCUUCUUUUCUGCAAUAAUUCUUUACAAUAAUUUUGUUCAAGACUGUUUAGGAUUAUAUGUUCUAGCUGAUAGAGGGACAGUCACUCAUCUGAUAUAU